AUGCGCGUGCGCGCGGUGCUCACGCUGGCCGUGCUGGCGCUAGUGUCGGCCGCGCGGGAGCUACGCGUGCUACAGGCGGACGCGCGCACCGCAUUCUACUUGGCGAUCGCCGCGCCGCCCUCGGCCGCAAACGCAGUACGCGCCUUCAAUCGCACCAUCAGCGAAGUGUCGCAAACCUACCUGGCAGGCGAUUAUCCGCUUUAUCUACGCAAUAUCACGUUACAGCCGUUGUACAUAGAACUUCCAGAAGAUGAAAGG